GUGCGUGCUGCCGUUGCAAUUGACGGAUUAUAUAAGGCGUUUGAGCCGCGGCUGCAUUGAUUUUCCAUUAACAAAUGGCGCGUCUCGUCGAGAGCAAUAGGAAGAUCUUUCGCUAUUCUCUUGGCCAAAUGCCUCAAUGGGUUUGCAUUGCCGUUCUUCGUUGGUCAACAGUGAUGGAUACUAUUUAGACUUGUUCUUAGGUAUUUAUGUGAGAAACAUUUUAUUUCUGUUUGGUCUAAAUUGGUACAUUUUCAUAGAUAAAAAAUGUUCUAAGUAUUAGGUGUUACUUUCUGUCAGUAUUAGGAAGUUGUACACAGAUUUAUAUUAAGGUCUUUCAGUUUAAUAGUUGUACCUAAUUUAUGUACUAUUAUGUACAUAAAAACGAUUUUAGAACUCGUAAAACAGAGGGAAAGUGGUCCAAUAAUUUUUUUAAAAAGUUUCUGAAUAUGGCAAAUACCUUUCUACAGUUAAGAUGUGGCGAACAUUUUACCAGCAACAUUUGUACCUUGCCUAGUUAUAGCCAAAACUUGUACCAUUCCCAUCACUGUUGGCCAGUGACGUCGACAGUUUAAGAAUAGAGAUGAUGUCGGCCUGGUGACUUAAGAAGAUGAGUGAUGCGGAUCGUCUGGUGGCCAAUCUGCGCCGGGUGCCCGUCCGUCUGCCGAAGGAGUUGGAGGUUCGCCAGCUGUGCCGCUCCCUGAGUGACUUGCUUGCCGGAGAGGCCAAUCUGCUGAGCCUACAGAGUCCGCAGAUCGUGUGCGGCGACAUCCACGGCCAGUUCCAAGAUCUGCUGCACCUGUUGGAUCUGGGCGGAUCGGUUGGCGAACAUCGCUACUUGUUCCUGGGCGAUCUGGUGGAUCGAGGCAAGAACAGCGUGGAGACCUUCCUUCUGCUGGCUGCCCUCAAGGUCAAAAAUCCCGGGCAAGUGAGUUUGCUAAGGGGAAACCACGAGUGCCGCAGUGCCACGCGGUCCUACGGAUUCUAUGAGGAGUGCCUGGCCCAAUAUGGUUCGGCAAAUGUCUGGAGGAUGUGCUGUCGAGUCUUCGAUCUCUUGCCACUGGCGGCGACUAUCGAUGGGAAAAUCUUUUGCGUACAUGGCGGACUGUCGCCCCAAAUCCAGCAGUUGGAUGAGUUUCACAAGCUGGAUCGCUUUCACGAGAUCCCCGAAAGCGGCUGUAUAGCGGAUCUUCUUUGGAGCGAUCCCCAGGAAGCACUCGGAUGGACGGCAUCGCCACGCGGACAUGGACAGCUCUUUGGCAGGGAUGUGGUGGAGGAGUUUAACCGGAGGAAUGGAAUCUCUCUUAUAUGCAGGGCACAUCAGUUGGCAGCUGAAGGCUUUCGUUGGCAUUUUGGCCAACAGCUGGUUACCAUCUGGUCGGCACCUAACUAUUGCUAUCGCUGCGGCAACAAGGCGGCCAUUCUGCGUCUCAAUUCAGUCGGGGAUUAUGGUUUUGAGGUGUUCGAGGCGCAGGCGCUGCACACCAAACCGCAGCCAAAGAGACCGAAGAAGCGGUGCCGUCAGUUUUUCCUAUGAUGCAAUCUACCCGUGAAUCUUAUCCCAAGAUACAAUACAAUGUCAAGUUCGCAGAGAGGAAGAAUCAGCGAAUCAGCUGUUGCAACUAGUCGUACUCGUACACCCCAUCUCUCUUAAAAAAAAAACUCUGCCAUUCCACAUUACUCUUAAGCUCAUAAUCAAUAAAUAAAUACUCAGUAAAACAUUCAGGUAGAUUUCCCUUAACCGUAGUUGACUCUGGCAAUGGGUCUCUUAAGCUAUUUAUCUUAUCUACACUCUUUUUAACUCUGUAGCUUAUCUGGCUGACAGCAGCGCUUAAAAUUAUAGCACUUUUUGAGUUGCUUUAAAUUUAUUUUUAGCU